AUGAACCUUUUUGACUCGUCGGCGUCCUUUGACGCCAGGGUGCGAGCGAUUGAUAGGGCUCCGCUGACGCUGAAGCAAUAUUGUCACACACAUGGAAAGGAGUGCCCAAUCUUUGCGAAAACCUGCCAGUCCGACUAUGACAUUUCAGGGUUGCCCUGUCCUGACAUGAGUCCCUGUGGUCGUCGAAUGUAUGAAGAAGGUCAAACAUCCUCCGUGUUUGCCUGCCAUGCCAAGCUGCACAUCGCUCUUCAGACGCCAAUGCUGAUUAUUGAGAAUGUACCGGAACUUCGAAUGAACAUGAUUACCAAAUUGUAUGGCCGCCACUAUGCAAUCAAGCAGCUGUUUGUUGAGCCGACUCACACUGGGCAUGCUGCCGUGGCCAGAGAUCGAACAUACCUCAUUUUGACACUGAAGAGCCGCGUGGUGGAAAUACACAAUGUGAACAAAGUUUAUGAGGAUCGCCGGUGA